GGAAAUGUGCAGGUACGUGCUUUUUUGUUUAGUGAAUACACAGACUUGACAGAGGCAUUUCUUGAAUGAUUUCUACUCGCGAAAGUGUUUAACGUUGCCAAACCUAAACAGACGAAGGGUGCGUGCUGACAAAGAUUUAUUUCAACUACAUUGGGAGGGGGAGAGUUGACCCUUCACAUGGCAACAAGCAGUUCAAACACUAUCCAACAAUGGGCCUCUGUUGUAGAUUCUUUCUCUUCACAAUAUGACUCUACAAGAUGGUCAGCUAACCAAAUUCUUGGACCUCCAAAGGUUUUUCCUGACCAUGGAGAUAUACCAGGAGCAUGGGCCAGCAAGAGCUGUGACUCGGUAGAGUUUGUGGAGAUUGGAUUUCAAGAGAAAGUAAUACCAUCAGCAAUCAACAUUUAUGAGACAUACCAUGCAGGUGGGGUCAAAAGAGUCAUGGCUAAAAACCCUAACGGCGCCUGGGUAGAACUGUAUAAAGCAGACAGAAUUAAGAAGAUUUCAUCCAGUCGGAUAUUUUCACCUGUAUUAUCAAGGGGUAUCACUUUCAAAACUAACAAACUGAGGAUUGAGAUAGACUGCUCUGUUGCUAGGAGUUGGGUAGAACUUGAUGCUGUAGAAUUAGUGGGAUUCACGCAGGAAUCAGGUGCAAGUACUGGGAGAAACCAAACUGGUCACCCAUCAGUGAACACGAGUUUGUGGGUGAGAGAGAUUACCAACUAUUCCUCACAGUACAACAACUCAGGUUGGUCUGCACGAACUGUGAUCGGCCAGCCCAGAGUGUACCCUAGGUAUGGAGAUUUGCAAGGAUCAUGGGCAAGUGCAGCAAAAGAUGCUCAUCAAUUUAUUGAGGUGGCAUUUGAAAAGAAAUUGUACUUGAGAGAAAUCAACAUUUAUGAAACUUACCAUGCAGGUGGAGUCAAGAGGGUGUCAGCGAAGGACGUAGGAGGAAACUGGGUCACACUGUACGAGACUGACCACUGCCAGUGUAUCGAUUCAAGUCGAAUUUUCUCACCACAGUUUAAUCAACCAAAAUUCCCCGUGGAUGAACUAAGAAUUGACAUUGACUGUACAGCAAGUGGCUCCUGGGUGGAAAUUGAUGCCAUUAACAUUGUGGGAACCACAAAGCCAGAUAUGCCAUCUCUGUCAUCCUGCCUGUCGCAGCUGGUGAACAAGAAGAUGUUUAGUGAUGUAGAAAUCAUUGUGGAAGGUCUCUCAUUCCACGGACAUAAGGCCAUACUAGCACAAAGAUCACCAUUUUUCAGAUCCGUUUUUGUUGAGGGAAAAAUGCCAGAAACAGCUCAACAACCAAGUGCUGUCCCACCAGCAUUGCCUUCAGCCCCACCUUUAGAUGAGGAUACUCCCCCAUCAUAUGAAAGUUUAUUCGGUCUCCCGCCUGGUCCUACUGUAAAGCCGGCUCCGCCCACUCCGAAUCAGUUGUAUGGGGUGGGGAACAGUGGAAGUAUGAAAGAAGCAGACCCAGUACAAGCACAAUCAACGAAACUACCCGUAUCAGCAGAUCCAGUACAAUCAACAAAACUAUCAGCAAUCUCUUGUUGUAAUCCACUUCUACUUGACAAUGUUACACCGGAUGUAUUUGGGGUCAUCCUUCAUUUUAUCUACACGGAGGAGAUUCCUGAUGUUAUACUUGUUGCCGACUUUCCUGUAGGAAUUGACACAAUGUGUGUCGUCAGAUCCGCUCGAGCUGCUGCUGAGUUUGGUUUGCCUGGCCUGAGAGCUGCGUGUGAGCGAAAACUUUGUACAGAAAAUUCUCUGUCCUCAGACAACGUUUUAGAGGCUUUCUUAGAGUCCACAAAACAACCAGUUCUCGAUUUCAUUUGCAAGAUGGCCUGGUACUGCAUGCUUAACAACAGAGAAUCCAUUAAAAAUCAAGCCAAAUUUAAAAGUCUUCCUCGGGAUGUACAAAAACAGUUAUUUAAUCAACCGACUUGUCAAAACUUAGUUCCUGAGAUGGAAAAGUCGGCCGGACAGAAAACCUAUCCUUCAGAUGUCUGCUGUCUGCAGUGAAUGAACCUCCACAGGAUUUAAUAUUUAGUUCUUUGAACUCUGUCACCGAGAAGUUUGAAAUAUCAGAAUGUCUGCACCACUAUUUUUUUCAGAUUUAGUGAUUAAUUCCUUUUUCUUGGGUGUGGCAUCUGUAACCUGAUUUAUUAUGUCUCCCCUCUUUCAGGGGGAGACAUAUUCUUUUUGUACUCUCCUUCCAUCUGUUCGUCCAUCCGUCUGUCACAAAAUCUUAUGAAUGGAUCUCUUCCUAUAUGGGUUAUUGGAUAGACUUGAAACUGUGUACAAUAUAAUAUUGUAGGGACAGGAGGAUCCAAUUAUUUUCCUAAAAGUUAUGGUGGAUCUAAGAUGGGUGGAGGAUGUAAAAUAGUGGAUCUAAGAGGGAUGGAGGAUGUGAAAUAGCUUGUGAAUGCUUCUACUCCUAUAUGGCUUAUGGGAUAUAUAGACUUGAGACUUUGUACAAUGCUUCAUCGCCAUUUGUAUAUGUGCAAAUUUGUGGGACGGGAGGAUCCAAUUCGUAAAAGUUAUGGUGGAUCUAAGAGGGGUGGAUGAUGUAAAAUAGCUGAUUUUACUACAAUAUUGACAUUAAUUACUGUUCUUUCAUAUUCUUAUUCAUGUAUUGUGUAACUCAGAAAGUUGUGUUGUAUAAAUAUUAUCAAUGUGUAUAUAUGGGCAAAAUUAAUUUACCCACAAUGGAAAACCCCCUAAGAAUAUCGGUGACUUGAAGUUAUUCCCCUUUUUACUCUAAAACAUUGACACACAUUCUGAAAAAAUAAUAAUGUUUUAAAAUGGGAUAACUUUGUGGAACCAUCAGACAUAUCAGCUGUGUUCUUCUGUAUGAGAGGUUGUGAAAGGUAAUUUAAUUUCAAUACCAUGCAAUAGGUAGCAUAUUGUAAUGCAUUAUAGUAAUGUUCAAGGUGAUACAGUGCACAUAUUUGUUGGUGGUCAAGAAAUUUAAAACCAGUCAAAAUGUUACUCAGUAUUGUUGUACAAGGACAUUGUUUUAUUUACCUGUCAAGAUGAAAGAUCAUUAACAUGUAUUAUAAUGUAUUUUUGUUUGAUAUAUUAGAAAACCAUGAAGAAGCUCAUAUUGUCCUCUAUAUUGGGUGGUGACCAAAAGAAUUGUCAUGACCUUGAAUCAAGAUAAUUUACAUAAGGUCACUCUUCUAGUCAUGCCUAUUGUAAAGAGAUUUAGAGUCAUAUUGGACAAUCAUUGUUUAUGACAAGUAUUUCAUGAUGCAGAACCAAGGCCAUUGAAAUUAAAGCCAAGUCCUGUAUGCAUUAACAUUUUCAAGAAUAUAAACUUAUAAUGCUGGAAUUUAAGAAAUCCGCACCCAACACAAAAAUUUUAUAAUUUUUGCAUUAUUCGUUUUUAAGAGGAGAUUAGUUUUUAAAGUCAUUUGGAAAAGGUAUAGGGCACAAAGAAAUAUGAACUUAGAUCUUAACUUUGCUUGUUAUUUUUGUCUUGAAUUGUUGCAUUUUUUUAUGUAAAGGAAUGAUUGAGUCCACCUAUCUCGCAGAAAGGUGUUUUAAAAAUGGUCUUGGUAUAUUAACACAAGGCCUAAUGUGUAGACUUUUUAGUGUCUAUCAGAAGAUACAGGUCUCAUUUAUUUUCUGAUUUAUUUUCAUGACAAUCCAUUGUCUAACAUUGUUCUGGCAACACCAAUAUUUUCACUGUGAUAUUUUAACAAAUGCUCAGGCACCUAUAACUUUUUAUUGUUGUACAUGCAAUAUGUAGUUAUUGAUAUUAAUAUGAAAAUUAAAAAUGUAACAAAA